GUGGGGCUGAGGAAUCAGGUAUUACUAAUUAUACAUACUCGGAUCUUCCGCCAGGGUCUUCCGCUUCAGGUCUUGCUUGGAGGGGAUGAUGAAUUCAUCUCGAAAUUGUCGUAGAGGAUCUUCUGCAUCCAAUGCUUCGGCGUAAUCCCGGCUGUAAGCUCUGAUAUCAUCCUGGUAGGGAAGUGGGGGACCGGAUUUGAUAUCACGGAGAUGCUGCCGUGAACCCAUUUUGAAAUGAUCCACUCGUGUGACAAGCCGUCUGAUCGUAAGAUAGAUAAUCAAUCUUUCAAAAGAGAGGCAAUCCAGGAACCUGACGACUCACAAGCCAAAAGAAAUCACCUUUCUUCCCCGCCAACUCCGAUCCCUUUCCCUUUUCAGUAUUCUGCCGCGACUCCCCGCCAGAGCUGACCAAUCGCGCCACUGCCGAACUGACUAACCCGCGGCCAUCGGAUGGAACGAUGCGAUAAUUGAUAAUCCAGGUUUCCUUUCGUCAUCUCUCGAGCUGCGCGACUCUUGCACAUACACAGCCAUGUCGCGACCACUCUUCACAUCCACAGCUGCGCGGCGGUUGUUCCAGCAGCACGGCCGACUCCUCUCGACUUCCCAAUCCGCUUUGCGCCUCUCCGCAUCCUCCUCCGCCGGCCAACUCGCUGCCCGCCGAUUUACAGCUGCUUCGGCAGGCGCAUCUGUCUACAGGCCGUUCGUACGGGGAUGUCUGCUCAGAUCACCUACCCGUCAAUCCGUCGCCACAUUUUCCAGCUCGUCCACUCGUCUCGCCACCAAGGUCACGCAAAACCCGAGAACCGGAGACGAUGGAGAGACUCUCAUGAUCAGUAUCUCUCCUCGCGCAGUGUCGCGUCUCCGCGAAAUCACCGACCCAACCUCCUCACCCUCCGCUACCAAAGAAGAAAACCCCUACCACCAUCUUCGCAUUACCGUGACCAGUGGCGGCUGCCAUGGUUUCCAAUACUUGAUGUCUCUCGAAUCAGCGGCCAAGAUUGACGCAGAAGAGGAUACUAUCUUCGAAGGCGAGGCAGACCCAUCCGAAGCUUCAACGAACGCCGCCGGUACGGCAAAGGUCAUCAUGGAUGAGCCCUCGCUAGAAUUGCUGUCUGGCAGCACGGUCGAUUACACCACCGAGCUGAUCGGUAGCCAAUUUAAGAUCGUGGACAACCCGCGGGCAACGAGUAACUGCGGCUGUGGCACGAGCUUUGACGUGAUGGACUGAGUCGGAAUAGAUUUCCUACCAGUAUAGUCCAUGGAUGCUUUUCUCUCUUGCGUGUACAGAUAUGGCAUAUCCCAAAUGGGAAGAUAGAUAGAUAAAUUUGCAUUGUAUACCCCUCUUCUCUCUACG